AUGUCGCCAGUCGACAAAGAUACGUCGGCCAAGACACUGCUGGCCAACGGAUCCCAGGCCUUCAAUGACGACCUCGCGGCCAAGCUGCAGGUCGCUCUGGGCCGCCCGCUGCCUCAGAUGGAGGUGCGCGUCAAGAACCUCAGCGUCUCGGCCGACGUGGUCGUGGGCCGCCACGAGGAUGGAAGCGAGCUGCCCACGCUCACGCACACGCUCAAGACGGCGGCGCUCAAGCUCUCGGCCAAGAAGCACGUGGUGCACAAGACCAUCCUGCGCAACUUCAGCGGCGUCUUCGAGCCGGGCACCAUCACGCUCGUGCUGGGGCAGCCCAGCUCCGGCAAGUCUUCGCUCAUGAAGGUGCUGAGCGGCCGCUUCCCACUGGAGAAGAGGGUCACGCUGGACGGAGACGUCACGUACAACGGCGUGCCGCAGAAGGAGCUCGGCGGCCGCUUGCCGCAGUUUGUCUCGCACGUGGACCAGCACGACGUGCACUUCCCCACACUCACAGUCAAGGAGACGCUCGAGUUCGCCCACGCCUUCACUGGCGGCGAGCUGCUGCGUCGAGGCGAGGAGCUGCUGACGCACGGGUCUGCUGAAGAGAACCUGGAGGCUCUCAAGACGGUGCAGACGCUGUUCCAGCACUACCCCGACAUCGUCAUCGAGCAGCUCGGACUGCAGAACUGCCAGGACACCAUCCUUGGCAAUGGAAUGCUGCGUGGCGUGUCUGGCGGAGAACGCAAGCGGGUGACGACGGGCGAGAUGGAGUUCGGCAUGAAGUACAUGACGCUCAUGGACGAGAUCAGCACGGGACUGGACAGCGCCACGGCCUUCGACAUCAUCUCCACGCAGCGCAGUAUCGCCAAGACGCUCGGGAAGACGGUGGUCAUCUCGCUGCUGCAGCCGUCGCCGGAGAUCUUCGCGCUGUUCGACGACUUGAUUCUCUUGAACGCUGGUGAGGUGAUGUACCAUGGUCCUCGCGACCAGGCUCUCUCGUACUUCGAGAGCUUGGGCUUCCGCUGCCCUCCGCAUCGUGACGUGGCCGACUUCUUGCUGGAUCUCGGAACCAACCAGCAGGUGAAGUACCAGGACACCCUCCCUGCAGGGUCGAUAAGGCACCCUCGUUGGCCGGUCGAGUUUGGGCAGCACUUUCAACGGUCAGGCAUUUAUCCCGAUAUUCUUGCUCGCUUGAACGAGCCCUGGAACGCCGAUCUGGUCUCGACUGCGGCCGAUUUCAUGAUGCCGACGCUGGAUUUCCAGCAGAGUUUUGUUGAGAAUGUCAUCACGGUAACACGGCGCCAGAUGCUGGUGGCGAUUCGAAACAAGGCGUUCAUCCGCGUCCGCGGCUUCAUGGUGGUCGUGAUCGCUCUGUUGUACGGCAGUUUGUUCUACCAGUUGGAAGCGACGAAUGUCCAAGUGACCAUGGGCGUCUUGUUCCAGAGCCUGUUCUUCCUCGGCCUCGGCCAAUACGCCCAGGUUCCAGGCUACUGCAGCAUCCGCGCCAUCUUCUACAAGCAGCGGCGAGCCAACUACAUCCGCACCGCUACCUAUGUGCUGGCGUGCUCAGCGAGCCAAAUCCCGUGGGCUCUAGGCGAGACGAUCGUCUUUGGAUCUAUUGUGUACUGGAUGUGCGGCUUCGUCGCCACCGCUGCGAACUUUUUGCUGUAUGAGCUGCUCGUGUUCCAGACGUUGAUGGCGUUUGCGGCGUGGUAUUUCUUCAUGGCAGCCGUGACGCCCGAUAUGCACAUCGCCAAGCCUGUGUCCAUGAUGUCGAUCUUUACGUUCGUGGCGUUUGCGGGUUUCGUUGUGCCGAAGAGUGAGAUUCCCGACUAUUUCAUCUUUAUCUACUGGCUGGACCCGAUCGCUUGGUGUCUGCGCGCUGUCGCUGUGAGCCAAUAUCGAUCGCCAGCAUUCGACGUGUGUGAAUACGCUGGAGUCAACUACUGCGCGCAGUACAAGAUGAGUAUGGGCGAGUAUUUCUUGUCACUGUACGACGUGCCGUCCAGCGAGAACUGGGUUUGGAUUGGAAUUGUUGUUCUGUUUGCCAUCUACGCUCUGUUCAUGGUGCUCGGCUGGGCUGUGCUGGAGUACAAGCGCUAUGAGAGCCCCGAACAUGUUACAUUGACCGACGAGGACACAGAAUCCACGGAUCAGGAUGAAUAUGUGCUAGCCACGACGCCCACCAGCGGAAGGAAAACGCCAGUCGUGGUAGCACAGACCAAUGAUACCGUCACACUCAAUGUGAAGACCACCAAGAAGUUCGAGCCCAUCGUCAUCGCCUUCCAGGAUCUGUGGUACUCCGUGCCGGACCCGCACGACCCCAAGGAAUCCCUCACGCUGCUCAAGGGUAUCAGCGGAUACGCGAUGCCAGGUUCCAUCACUGCCCUCAUGGGAUCCACCGGUGCAGGCAAGACGACGCUCAUGGACGUGAUCGCUGGACGCAAGACCGGAGGCACCAUCCAGGGCAAGAUCAUGCUCAACGGCUACGAGGCCAGCGACUUGGCCAUCCGUCGUUGCACGGGCUACUGCGAGCAGAUGGACAUCCACUCGGACGCGUCGACUAUCCGUGAAGCGCUGGUGUUUAGCGCCUUCCUGCGCCAGGACAGCUCCGUUCCCGACAGCCAGAAGUACGACUCGGUCGAGGAAUGCCUCGAGCUGCUGGAUCUGCAGAGCGUGGCGGAUGAAAUUGUGCGCGGCAGUCCGACGGAGCGCAUGAAGCGCCUGACCAUUGGAGUGGAGCUAGCCGCCGACCCGAGAGUGCUGUUUCUGGAUGAGCCGACGAGCGGACUGGAUGCACGCUCCGCCAAGCUCAUCAUGGACGGCGUGCGCAAGGUGGCGGACACGGGUCGCACCAUUGUGUGCACUAUUCACCAGCCGUCCACGGGGGUCUUCAUGCUCUUCGAUAAGCUCCUGCUGCUGAAGCGCGGUGGCCAGACGGUGUACUUCGGCGACUUGGGCAAGCGCGCUCAGACGAUGGUGGACUACUUCGAGGCGAUUCCAGGUGUGCCGCAUCUUCCGGAGGGAUAUAACCCUGCGACUUGGAUGCUUGAGUGCAUUGGUGCGGGCGUGAACCACGUGCACGACAACCCAGUGGACUUCGUGGAGGUGUUCAAUUCGAGUGCAUUGAAGCGCGAGAUGGACGCGCAGUUGGCGUCGGAGGGUGUGUCUGUGCCGGUGCCUGGAUCGACGGAGCUGGUGUUCGCCAAGAAGCGCGCGGCGAGUUCGUGGACGCAGAUGACGGCGUUGGUGGGGCGGUUCAUGAACUUGUACUGGCGGACUCCAUCGACGAAUCUGACACGGUUAAUGAUCAUGCCCCUGAUGGGACUUGUAUUUGGUCUUGUGUACGUUGGCACGGACUACACUUCAUACCAAGGGAUCAAUGCUGGCGUGGGAAUGGUCUUCAUCACGUCUUACUUCACUGGAGUGGUGUCGUUCAACAGUGCGUUGCCAAUCACGUCCGAAGAUCGACCAGCGUUCUACCGUGAACGCAAUGCCCAAACUUACGGAGCGUUCUGGUAUUUCUUCGGGUCCACCGUUGUCGAGAUUCCUUACGUCUUCUUCUCCAUGUUGUUGUACACGGUCAUCUUCUACUGGAUGGUGGCCUUCCGUGGCUUCGGAACUGCAGUUCUCUACUGGAUCAACACGUCGCUGAUGGUGCUGUUGCAGACCUACAUGGGUCAGUUGCUCAUCUACUCGCUGUCCAGCAUCGACGUGGCGGCGCUGGUGGGCGUGAUGAUUUACUCCAUUACGAUCCUCUUCUACGGCUUCAACCCGCCUGCGAGCGAUAUCCCAGCCGGGUACCGAUGGCUUUACACGAUCACACCGCAGCGAUACUCAAUCAGUGUGUUAGUUUCUCUCGUGUUCAGCGACUGUGACGAGCUACUGAGCUACGACACUGAGACGAAGCAGUACGUGAACGUUGGCAGUAGUCUCGGCUGCCAGCCGAUGACCAACCCGCCGACCAACAUCGACCAUACCACGAUCAAGGAGUACGUCGAGUCCACGUUCGAGUACAAGCACGACGAGAUCUGGCGCAACUUCGGCAUCGUCCUCCUGUUCAUUGUCGUCUUACGGCUGAUGGCGCUGUUUUGCCUCCGCUUCAUCAACCACCAGAAGAAGUAA